CCUACUCAUUUAAAUGCAUUUAAAUAGGCGGAAACAUCACUCGUUGCGAGGCUGAGAGCCUUCAGUGAGAUAAACAACGCGGUUAGGGACCAACGUCGACGUGAAAAUCAGCGACAAAUAUGUCGUUAUUUUAUUUAUUCAUAUUUAUACUAUUAGAGACGGAAAUUUCGUGUAGAGGGCUCCAGACAGAAAGGAGAGCAAGACAGUUAUUUCUCAGUCGUAAUGUGGUGACAGAAUCAUUAGAGUUCGACGGAGGUGUGCUAGUGGAUGAAAAUGGAAAAAUUGCAGGAGUUUACACACGAGAGUCCAUUAAUAAGCUCCUAUCCGCCGAUGAUGGUUCACUUGAGGUGAUAGACGGUGGCGACUGGGCACUAAUGGCAGGUGGAGUAGACUCGCACGUACAUGUUAACGAACCUGGUCGAACAACGUGGGAAGGGUAUGUGACGGCCACCAGGGCGGCGGCUGCAGGAGGUUUCACCACAAUCGUUGACAUGCCUUUGAACUCAAUUCCCCCGACAACAACGAUUGAAAAUCUUAAAAUUAAAACUUCUGCAGCAAAAGAAGAGGCUUACGUAGAUGUUGCAUUCUGGGGAGGCGUCGUUCCUGGUAAUGAGGUGGAAUUACAAAACCUGGUCAAUGCUGGAGUGGUUGGUUUCAAAGGAUUCUUAAUAGACAGCGGAGUCUCUGAAUUUCCUAACGUCGACACAAAUGACUUAGAUAAAAUCUUCUCUACAUUGAAUGGAACAGACACUGUAUUAGCUUUCCAUGCCGAAUAUCCAAUUACUAAAAACAAUAAUGGAAGCCAAUGUGAAGGAUGUGAUUCUACUGAUCCACAUUUGUACAGCACCUACCUAGCAUCACGGCCUCCAGAAAUGGAGUUGGAAGCUGUGUCAUUACUAGCCAAAUAUAUUCCUAAAUAUGAUGUGCACGUACACGUAGUUCACGUGUCAGCAGCAGGUGUUGUACCGAUAUUGGAACAAGCUAGAGAACAAAGGAUACUGUCAGGAUCCACACGUUGGCGUGGUGGAGUCACAGCAGAAACUUGCCAUCACUAUCUUACUUUAAGCUCGGAACAAAUCCCGCCUGGUCACUCCGAGUACAAAUGCUCACCACCUAUUAGAAAUAUUACAAACAAGAUAAAGCUGUGGGAGUACAUCAGAGAUCGAAGGCUUGAUUUAAUAGCGUCAGACCAUUCACCUUCCGUUGCUGAUAAGAAAACGCCUGACUUUAUGUCGGCCUGGGGUGGAAUAUCUUCUGUUCAGUUUGGUCUAUCGUUGUUUUGGACAGAAGCAAAGGCUCGUGGGUAUAGCUUGAGCGCAGUCAGCCACUUCCUAUCUUCGGGGCCCGCACGUCUUGUUGGCUUAGGAAACCAGAAAGGAUCAUUGAAGCCGGGCCUCGAUGCUGACCUUGUGUUCUUCGAUCCGAACGCUUCGUUCAUCGUCACGCCUGACAUCAUUGUGUACAAAAACAAGUUAUGCCCAUACAUGUACCGUGUGUUAAAUGGCAAGGUGAUGCAGACGUACUUGAGAGGUCAGCUCAUAUACACAGAUGGAGAAGUAUUCGAGAAUCCACGGGGCCAACUUUUAGUAAAUGAGGAUGGGCUGCGUAAAUUAUAAGUAAUUUAUGUUUAAAUAUAAUUUUUGUUUGUAAUGUGCAUUAAUUUAAGCUAUCUAAAUCCGCCAUUAUGUUAACUAGGUAGAAACCUAAUAGGUAGUAUUUAAUUUAUCCAAUAAAUUUAAAAGUUAC